CCGGCCAUUCAGUGCCACUGGAGCAUGCAAGAAUAGCUGCUUGUCCCCUUUGUGCUGCCCCCGUGGCGGGGAUUGGCUCUGGAGUGUGGGAAACGCCGCCGAGCCGCAGACCCACACGCUCAGCGCGUAUAAAUAUCGGCCACAGGCAGCCCCCAGCAGCACGUUCCUCCUGGAUCCCACUCCAAAUCCUCUCUCUGCUCAGGACAGAUGGCUCCCAGCGCUGUUUUCCUGGAGCCUGACAACAUGCUGACGCCAAAGGAGAAAAAUAAACUGAGGAAGCCGGUGGUGGAGAAGAUGCGCCGGGACCGCAUUAACAGCAGCAUCGAGCAGCUGAAGCUGCUCCUGGAGAAGGAGUUCCAGAGGCACCAGCCCAACUCCAAGCUGGAGAAAGCCGACAUCCUGGAGAUGACUGUCAGCUACCUGAAGCAGCAGAGCCAGCUGCAGAUGAAGACUGCAGGAUCCUUCCAUAAAAGCUCCCAGUUUGACUUCAGGGAGGGCUACUCCAGGUGUUUGCAAGAAGCUUUCUAUUUCCUCUCUCUCCACAAAGUCCGAACUGAAACUCAGACCAAACUUUUAAGCCACUUCCAGAAGAGCCAGGCAGCUGCUCCAGAGGUCUCCUUCUGCCCUGGGAAUGCCAGUGCCCUGAAACAAGUGUCUCCAAAGGACAGCAGCCCUCUCUGGAGGCCCUGGUAGUCAGAGG